ACUUUUAUCCUAGCCGAUCGCAGCACCACAAACACUAGCAACAAAAUUGAAAGACACUCUGUAUUGGGCACUGGAUACAGUAGAAAAGGUUCCGAAGAAGGAUAGGAUAUGGUAGAGGUUCUUCUGCAAUUAUCGCCUCCUCUACUUAAGUGGUCUUCCCAUCCUCCAAUUCGCCGGGAAGUGACGGGAAAAACAUUGGUUAAGUGCUCGUUGGAGAGCCCUUUAUCAAGUAAGUUCCUGUCGAAGCAUGUAUUAUCUGGUCUUGCUGCUUCCUUGAUAUUCAUUUCUCCCAUAAAUCAGGCUGCUGCAGUAGAUUUAUCUCAACAAAAUACAUGCCAGCUUGCCAGUGCCAGUAAUAAUAAUGGAGUUACUCUUCCAAUUGAUGAUGGGUCUAAUGAAAAUGGUAGUAAUCUCAUGAUGAUGAGAGGCAUGACAGCGAAGGAUUUUGAUCCUGUUAGAUAUUCUGGAAGGUGGUUUGAGGUAGCUUCACUCAAAAGGGGAUUUGCUGGACAAGGUCAAGAAGAUUGCCAUUGCACUCAGGGUGUGUAUACAUUUGACAGGGAGACACCCUCUAUUCAAGUUGAUACCUUUUGUGUUCAUGGAGGACCGGAUGGAUUUAUAACUGGAAUUAGGGGAAGGGUUCAAUGUCUUUCAGAAGAUGAUUUGGAGAAAAAAGAGACAGAACUGGAGAAGCAAGAAAUGAUUAAAGAGAAAUGCUAUCUCCGAUUUCCCACAUUGCCGUUCAUCCCCAAGGAGCCAUAUGAUGUGAUCGCUACUGAUUAUGACAAUUUUUCUCUCGUUUCAGGAGCAAAAGACAGAGGUUUCAUUCAGAUAUACUCCAGGACACCAGACCCUGGACCUGAAUUUAUAGAGAAAUAUAAAGCUUAUCUGGCCAAUUUUGGAUAUGAUCCAAGCAAAAUCAAAGACACACCUCAGGAUUGUGAAGUGAUGUCGAAUAGUCAGCUGGCGGCUAUGAUGUCCAUGUCUGGAAUGCAGCGGGCAUUAACCAAUCAGUUUCCUGACCUAGAACUGAAGUCCCCUCUUGAGCUUAAUCCCUUGACUAGUGUAUUUGACACUUUGAGGAAGCUUGUUGAGCUUUAUUUUAAGUAAUAACUACGCCGAUCAGAUCCCAUUAUGCUUUGUUUUUGAAAGAGUUCACAGCUGGCACGUCGGUGCGCGGAUUGACAGUUGACAGCAACUAAUAUAAGACCUCAUUUAGUCUAUUA